AUGAUGAGGAACUUCGUCGCUCUCGUAGCCUUUGCUGCUGGCUCUAACGCACUUGUUGGCCGCGGUGACAGCUGUUGCUUCCACCUCACAUCUUCCGGAGGUGCCUCCGGGAAGCUAGGACAGCUAGGUGAUGGUCAAAAUCGCAUUGGCGAUAGCAGCUUAUCUACAGCCAAGUAUUGUAUUGACUCCAAGGGCGAUAUCACCGAUGGAAAGGGUCGUGGAUGUAUCCUCACCCCCCCCACUACCCAGUUCCAGUGUGAUGAGGGUGCUUCUCCCACCUCAGGCUUCUCUAUCGGUCCUAAAGGCGAGCUUGAGUAUCACGGCAGCAAGGACUUUGUGGCCUGUGCUACGGGCCAGAACGGUGGUAUGAAUGUCUACACUACCCCCAACAAGACCGAUGUCACUGGCUGCGUGAAUGUGGCAUUGUCUGCCGAUAGUUGCUCAAACUCGGGCUCUAGUUCCGGCACUGGUCCUGGAGCGUCAUCCUCGGCUGGCCCACAGCCCUCUGGUGCAUCUGCUCCGGGGGCUCAAUCCACUCCUGCUGGUUCUGCCCCAGCGCCCGGAUUUACACCUGGUACUGGUACUGGCACCGGUGGUCAGCCUGGCGGCCAAUCCGGCGGCCCUGCUCCCUCGGGGGCUGCUGGCUCCCCUCUCCCCGGCUCCACUCAAACUCUUCUGACCACUGUCACUGUCACUCUCACCGAUUGCAGCUGCGCUGCAUCUGGUGCCCCCGGUGGCCCCGGUGCUGUUGGAGGCGGUGCCCAGCCAUCUGCCGGCAAGCCUGCCCCAUCUGGCGGCACAGGACAUCAACCCUCCGGCCCUGGCCCUCUUCCUGGCGGCGGCGCCCCAAAGCCCGCUGGGUCUGCUACUGCACCUGCUCCCGCUGUAGGCGGCGGCGGUGGUGCCCAGCCUACUGGAUCGGCCUCAGCUCCUGCUCCCGUUGUAGGCGGCGGUGGUGGUGCCCAGCCUACCGGAUCGGCCCCAGCUCCUAUUCCCGGUGUAGGCGGCGGUGGUGGUACUCAACCUGCUGGUACUGCUAGUGUGCCUCCUGUAGGUGGAGGCGCAAGUACACAUCCUGCUGGUUCUGCUAGCGUCCCUGGUCCCGCAGGUGGUGGUAGUGCUUCACAGCCCACUGGCUUCACCAGUGUGCCCGCUCCUCCUGGUGGUGGCGGCGGAGCCCACUCUACCGGAUCGGCUUCUGUCUCCGCUCCCCCUGUCGGUGGUGGCGGAGGUCAUCCUACUGGCUCCUCCAGUGCAUCCGUUCCUGGCAGCUCCGCCUCUACCAGCCCAUCGGGUACUGGAUCAGCUACCGGUGCCUGUCCCACUACCCUCGAGUCAGGCAACUACGAGUUCCCUCACCUUAUCGUCUCUGUCGACUCGUCUUCGCCUGACCACGCUGCCGGUACUUCAUUCAACGCUACAGUGACCUCAACCAUCUCAACUAUCUUCAACUUCGACAUCCCAUCCUCCGACGCCGGCAAGACUUGCAGCUUGGUCUUCCUCUUCCCUCACCUCCAGGAUCUGGAAACCUCGUCGUACAGCUUCAGCGGAGACGGUAAGAUUGACUUCUCCAAGCUGUCUUCUGUUGCCAAAGACACCACAUCUUUCAGCAAUGUUCCUUCGCUAUCCCAGGACCUCGGCACGAUGACCGUAUCACCUGGAAACUCGUACCUGGUUUCGACCUUCGCUUGCCCCGCUGGUGAAGCCGUCGCAUACGAGAUGAAGAAUGCCGGCAGUACUGACCUCAACUUCUUCGAGGACUGGAACCCCUCUCCUCUCGGUCUGUACAUCACCACUUGCUAA